CUGUUUUUUAGUGUUUGACAGGUCUUUAUGACCGCAGCCUGAACCUGAUUGGGUGGACGAAGAUAAAGGAAGUAAAGACAUGUUUCACUGUUCUCCGGCGAGUCAACUCUCAGAAAACGCAGGUUGUUGACAGUGUGAGCUGUUGAACCACAAGGUAAAGCUUUUAAAAACCCGUCGUCACAGCGCAAAGUGAGAGGUAGCAAACAGUGCGGGAGACAGAGAUGGAAAGUUUAACUUUCCAAAUGUACUGACGACAUUAAUUUAAGAGGUCACGCGCUUCCUGGUCUGCCGGACUCUAGAGAAAUAAAGUGAGCGUGUCUUUCAGUACACAUCAAACAACGCUACAAACAGGAAGAAAAUGGACCAUGCGCGACCACAGGACACACAGCAGAGCAAGGGCUCCACAGUGCGGCACAGGGAAUGCAGUGAUGAGUCUGUUGACAAGAGACCCACUGACAGCUCUGUGUCUCCCCUGCAGGACGAGAAGAGAGCUAUCAGAAGAGUGCAAAGUCCUUCCAGGCCAAGGGCAUGGUCGUUCGGUUCUUACAAACCAAAGUUUGGAGGUCGAUUCUACAGACCUCGUUUUCCGAGGGAUGAUCAUCCAUUCUACAAACCUGGCUCUAGCAUCCACAGGUACCACCACUUCAAACCCAGAGUUUACUUCGACCGGAGGGAUCACUUCCAGCCCAAACUUCACCACAGCGCACUGAGGGAGAGGGAACGAGAGGGGAGGGAACGAGAGAAGGAGAAGGAGCGAUAUGAGCAGAGAGCGAGCGUUGACAGAAGUUCACCCCCAAAACAAAACAACACUACUAGACCUUUCUUACCAAGGUCCACCACCAGCAGAGACAAGGACAUGCAGUUCACCGUUUGUCAGAACCAAAGCAGGGAGAGAGAUCACAGGGGGACCAAAAGCAAAGAAAGGGAACAAAGCCGAGACAGGGAGCUCCCUUCAACUGCGAGCCAGACGGCAGCACGAGACAGAGCCAUCCAACAGAAGAGGAAAGAGAUAGAUGAGGUGUACUAUCAGGAGUGUGAAAUGUUUGGCCUUGUGGCAAAGAUGCUCAUAGAAAAGGAUCCAUCCUUGGAGCGUCCCAUCCAGUCCUCACUGCAGGAGAACCUCAGAGACAUCGGCAAGCGCUGUGUGGAGGCCAUGGAGAAAUUUAUAGAGGACUAUGAUUCCAGGGAGCCAUUGCACUAAUCAAACACACACUACCGCUUGUCUUCUUCGCAUAGACCACUAGGGUAGGAAAAAGAGUUUUACUUCAGGUAAUCGAAUGCUGCUUUUGUGUUUUUAUUUGUAAUAAGUCCGCAAAUUCUUGUUUGCUGCCUGGACAACUUCACUUAGCAACACUGGUGAAAAAUGAAAAGGAAACAUUUGAUUGGGAUUUGACCAUUUCAUACUGAUGCUAAUUUUGAGAAUGUGAUGAAAAAUAUACUGGUUGUAUUGCCUUAAGUGUCCUUAUGAAGAUGUUAAAUAUGUAUUUUGACAUUGCACUCGUCCUUGCUUUUCAAUAAUUUAAUUUUGUUUACAGAACAUUAAACAUCCUGUGGUUGAAAACCUA